AUGAUACACGUGGCUCUGUCCGCGAAGGAGGCUCCAUUUACCCAGACCGAGCGGGUGAUGGUUCAGGUCGCCCAGCCGUUGCUCAGGUCGGAUGCGUAUUGGAACGUAGACCCCUCGCUGGUGGCUCUGGCGCAGGCUGGGCAGCCACCAGUUAGAUUCGAAGUUGAGGCACAAUUCCAGCCUACGAGUGGGUCAGGCCUCCGUCCGGAUUCUCUGGAGUCCAAAGGCGUCCAAAGUCUGGACGUCUUGCACUUCCACGGAGCCAGCUUCCAGAAGGUUGCCGACAUUAGUGAGUAUACGAUUGGAGAGGCGGCGGGCAGCCUUGCUUGUGCGGAUUCUGUUGGAGAGGAGUACACAGAGGCCUUGAGGGACAUAUCUUUGUAUGGUGACGACCCAGGGGCCGGAUGUUACGCCGGCUUCGAUUUGAUGCUAUGCGGCAAAAUGAGUUCGACACGCUUGCGGGCUUUGUGCCCUAACAUGUGUGCCUGCUACGAUGGAUUUCUCAGCUGGUCGGGAUUAUUCGGCACGUCAGCAUUCGGCUGCCCCACCGAGUGCCUUAAGUAUCCAGCAGGGACCAUAGACAGGCUCUCAGGCGAUCGGUUUCCUUGCGAGGACACAGGGCCAGGAAAUUUCAGCGCGGUGACGGGGUACUUGCCCAAUCUCUAUCAUUAUUGGAACAGAGCUCUUGACAGUCACCCAGAGCAGAUUAAUCUAAGCUUUCGGGAUUUCUACACGCACUACGUCGGUGGCCUGCAGGAAUAUGUUUCCAGUGACCCUAGUAUGAGAGAGGGCGUGCCCAACAGCAUAGGGAUUCUGUUUACCUUCAGACGGGACUUAGCCAGUCUGUUGGACUUCAACGCCUUAGUCAGGCACGUUGUCGGCGGUGCGUUCUUCGAGGAGCUGGCUGCGGGCAACUGGACCAUCUUCCCAGGCGUCCCGCACCCCAGCGGCUUGACCGGCUGCGACUUUCUUGCGUCGGCCGAGAUCGCAUUCUUGAUCCGAGGAUCAACGUGGACAUGUGCGCAGUGGGGAAGAUCGCCUCCAUCCGGCCAUGGUGCCCUCGCGUGUGUGGCUGCUCACAGGGCAUGCCCGAGUGUCCGGGCGCUUGCGAGUAGCCCCCCUUCUCCCCCUUCCUUGCCUUUCCUCCC